GGGUCUGGGGGGCGCUGCGCUCCCCGCGCAGCCGGCUGCCAUUUCAGCGCCGCCCGCCGCCCCGACCCCUCCAUUUUAUUUGUAAUUCCGCCCCGUGCCCGCCCGCAGCUGCCGGGGCUCCGGAUCGUCUCUCGGAGUUGCUUCCCCCGCCCUCGCCCCCCCCCUCCAGCGCGCACACAGCGCCAUCGCAGCUCGCUCGCUGUAACGCCAAUGGGCCGGUUUCUCUAGCUUCCCCCCCCCCCCACACACCCCACCCCUUGCAACUCCAUUGCUUUCCCAGGCAUGAGAAAUUGCAAAAUGGUCCGGGUGGCGAGUGUGCUGGGGCUGGUGAUGCUCAGCGUGGCUCUGCUGAUCUUAUCCCUCAUCAGCUACGUGUCCCUGAAAAAGGACAAUAUCUUCACCACUCCCAGAUAUGCCAGCUCGGGGGUGCCCCGAAUGUACAUGUUCCAUGCUGGAUUCAGGUCCCAGUUUGCACUGAAGUUUCUGGACCCUUCAUUUGUACCAAUUACAAAUUCUUUGACACACGAGCUGCAGGAAAAGCCUUCCAAAUGGACGUUUAAUAGAACAGCAUUCUUACAUCAAAGGCAAGGAAUUCUCCAGCAUGUUGAUGUAAUAAAAAAUUUUUCUUUGACCAAGAAUAGUGUUCGGAUUGGACAGCUGAUGCAUUAUGAUUAUUCCAGCCAUAAGUAUGUUUUCUCUAUUAGCAAUAACUUCAGAUCACUGCUUCCAGAUGUCUCACCUGUCUUGAAUAAGCAUUAUAACAUUUGUGCUGUUGUUGGAAAUAGUGGAAUCCUUACAGGGAGUCAGUGUGGACAAGAAAUAGAUAAGUCUGAUUUUGUUUUUCGUUGCAACUUUGCUCCAACUGAGGCUUUCCAAAAAGAUGUUGGAAGGAAAACCAAUCUUACAACCUUCAAUCCCAGCAUCCUGGAAAAGUAUUACAACAAUCUUUUGACCAUUCAGGAUCGCAAUAACUUUUUUCUAAGUUUAAAAAAGCUUGAUGGAGCCAUUCUUUGGAUCCCAGCUUUUUUCUUCCACACUUCAGCAACUGUUACAAGAACAUUGGUUGACUUCUUUGUUGAGCAUAGAGGGCAAUUAAAGGUCCAGCUGGCUUGGCCAGGAAAUAUAAUGCAGCAUGUCAACAGGUACUGGAAAAAUAAACAUUUGUCUCCCAAGCGACUGAGCACAGGUAUUCUUAUGUAUACCCUUGCUUCUGCAAUAUGUGAAGAGAUCCACUUGUAUGGGUUUUGGCCAUUUGGAUUUGAUCCUAACACCAGGGAAGACCUCCCAUACCAUUACUACGAUAAAAAAGGAACAAAGUUCACUACCAAGUGGCAGGAGUCCCACCAGCUGCCUGCAGAAUUCCAGCUGCUCUACAAAAUGCAUGGUGAAGGACUAACUAAACUGACUUUGUCACAUUGUGCCUAAGAACUUAAAACUUGAAGUGCCAAAUGAUUGUUUAAAAAGUGCCCAAAAUGAAUUAAACAUUCUUUAAAAUAUAAUUCUAAAAAAAAAAAAGAAAAAAACCUAAAAUAUUUUCCAUAAUAUAAAGAUGCUUUUUAAUUGCCCUUUUCACAGCUCAUCAAAAGGUUUCAGCAUAUUUAGCAAUGCAGAAGCGUUUAUCAAAAUGUACUGACACUAUUCAUGGACCUGGAAAGUUUAAACUCUUUCAGAUAGGUAUUUCGCAUUUAUAGAUAUGCUACUAAAUACAUGUUUUAAAAUAUUUUCAUAUAUGUAUUUUAACAUUACACUAAAUGCCUCUAACCUCCAAAUUUUAAUGUUCCAUGAAGAUUAGAAUUAGAACCGUUAGUUUAAAAUAUUUUGCUUAUCUUACAGCUAUUACUAUUAGUAGUGAAACAUACACAUGUUGCCAUGGCUAAUUGGAGAAAGCUAAUUAACCUUUCCAUUUACUAUCAAGUUCUAGUUCUUUAGAAUGGACUCUGAUUUUCACAGCUUGCAUAUGAUCUGUGGUAGUGUGUUUUACAUUUUCCUAGGAAUAGUAUUAAAGUGAUGGGUCUUAUCAUAGCUAGAUAUAUUAAUUGUUCUUAGGUUACUUCAGUGUUUUAAUUCAGUUUGAGACAAAUCCUAUAGAUGGACCCAUUUAAAUCAAUGGGAAUGUUGUCAUUAACAACAGUGUAACAGAAUUUGGCUGUUUGAUUUUAAAAUUAAUGUAUAAAGAUUAAUAAUACAAUUUUUUUUAAAAAAAAUCUCUUCUGUGAUGAGGAGACCCAGGCAUCCAAGGAAGGGCCCUUCCUAAUCCUAUCCAAACAUCCCCAAAAGGGGCUGGCAGUGAUUUUAAGAAUAAGUGAUUUGAAGGAGGAGCACAGUUUAUAAUAGUCUCUUUGACCUAGGCUCUUCUAUUCCUAAACUCCCCUUCAUCAGUGUUCUUGCUGCACUCCCAGUCUUCACAAGCCUAACCCACAUAUUCUAAAGCCAUUGCAAGAAAUGGGUUUUCCACUUCAUAGCCCACUCCACGACCAGCCAAAGCCCUGGUCCUGCAAUGAGCUCUGCGCGGUCUCUGGAGUCCACCCAUGCAGGUCUCAUUAUAGGAUCAGGGCUCAAGAUAGAAAUUAGAUUUUCACAUACAUUGUUUCUUUUUCCUUUUAGUGCUACUGUACCUCAAGCAUAGUUAUUCUAUGUGUUUGGGUGAUACAUUGUGUUAUGUUCUAAAAGUGGCAUCCAUAUUGGAAAUACUAUAUCCCAUCUUGUAGCUCCUUCUCCAUGUCCCCCUAAAAAAGAUGUGCAGAAACCAGGGUAACCAUUACAUUGCUCCUGAACCAGGGUAUAUAGUUAUGUUUAAAAAAAAGUGUAAUGAUGCCACAUAAUUCAACAAAAAUCUUUCAUAGUUUUUUUUUAUUUGGGAGCAGUGAGGAUAAGCUCAAUGCCAGCAAUGGGAACGGAUUAAAAUUACUGGCUAAAAUUUUCAAACUUAGGUGCCAAAAGUUAUUCACCUAAUUCCAUAUUUAGGUAAAUAAAAAUUCACUGAAAUCCAUGGGAGAUACAGGUUUCUAACCACUUUGAAAAUCAGGCAACUUAUGUAUGGACCUAACUUUUGGGGACUAAGUUUGAAAAUGUUGGCCAUUGUGUCUCAGGCCAAUUGAUUCUAAUAUUUUUAAAUUAAAACCAUUAUACUUUAAAAUAUUCUAACAAUUUUAUAUUAUUUUGUAUGGCUUUAAGUUAAGAAUAACUAAUAAUGAUGUAAAAGAUCACACAUGCUGCUAUCUUAAUUUUUCCAAGAUUCUUUAUCUACAAAGUAGAAAUAGAAUUUAAGAAAGGGAAACUCCAGGUUAAUGUAAAGAAUGUUCUAAUCAGUGAGGAAUGGUCUCCCUCUUCCAUGGAAUCCACUGAAACCUCUGCACCUUGGCUUGAGAUGGCCAUACCGGGACUGGUGAAGGAUGGAAAUGGGGACCACUGCUUUAUUUAACAGAUGGAAAUGGGGACCCUAAGCAUCCAUGGUGAAAUGCUGACCCUAAUGAACUCAGUGGGAUUUGAUUUCAAUAGGAAUUUCUCCUUCAGUUCUUUUCUGAGUGAAAAUCUGCCUGAGAGUUAGGGUGAAAUUCUGGCCCUGAUCAGCUUUAUGGGAGUAUUAGCUCCCUUUCUAAGCUUUCACCUCCCUCAGGAUUCCCAUGUGAGGGGAGCACAGAGCCACCUUGCAACAACGUUAAAAAACUCUGAAUCCCAAUGACUUCUGGUGGAAUAGCAAAUUCUAUCCAGCUGACUUUGCACAUCAAACUCAGCCUGUGCUAUGUAGUGUUCUUAAAGUGAUAUUUCCACCCAUGAAGGACACCAGGCCCAUUCACUGAAUUGAAAUCCUGAAACAGCAAGAGUUUUAAAACCAUUUUCAAAAUUCUUCUUUGAUUGAUGGAGAGGACAUAAAUCACCAAAAAUUUGCUGGUUUUGUUUUGUAAAUAGAAACUUAAAACUGAAAGUGUUCGGGAGGAGGUUAGCCUGUAUCCAAACUCACAGAGAGUAUAGAAUAUGCCAUCAUAGUGUUAAUGGAUGACUUCAGACUCUUCUGAAAUCUGAACAUAUUAUUGCUAAAGUUUCUUGCCCAGUUGUGUAAGCCUGCAUCUGCUUUCCUGGUAUCUUUUUCUGUCCUGCUCGAUAUACUUAAGAAUUCAAAGACUAGGUUUACUAGUAUUACUUAUUACAGGUGUUGUUAUUAAGUGGCCUCAUAAUGGUGAGGUACCAAUGUAUCAUGGCUCCCUAUGAUUAAUUAUUGCUAUUUUAUUUAUUAUUUGCAUUGCAGUAACAUGUGGAAUCCCCAAUCAGGGAUUAGUUUUCCUUUAUGCUAGCCACUGUUCCAACACAAGACAAAAAGACAGUUCCUGCCCCCAAAGAGCUUACAAACUAAGAUAUACUCAGGUUAAGGAGCUAGGGCCCAGCCCUGCAAACCUCUACCUUCUGACUAGUCCUACUGAAGUCAGACGAAUAAAGGUCUACAGGAUUGGACCUGUCCCUUGUAACUCCUAAUCUGCCAUGUUACACUGUGGGUGUGAUUGCUAUGGUACUCCUGAAGUCCAGUGGGAUUCACGGACCACUUCCUUCUAGCUAUGGAGUGGCAUUGCUGUGUCCUUUGGGAGAAACUGCCUUUGAUGCCUUGCAAAGUGAUUGUGACUGAGGAAAGAGUGUGGGGAGUGUUCUAUUAAUUUAGAUGGAAUAGAUGGGCUAAAUGUGUUAGCAUAACCCAGGCACUAUCCAAUAUUAAACGGUGUUAAACAAGGUCUGGGGUUUGGUAUGCAGAAACUUCAGCCUACUUAGUACCAUGGCAACCACACUAUUAACUAUCCCUUUUAACCUUUUAUUAAAGAUACAGCAAGGAGAGAAAAACAGUUAAAGGAUGCAAAAUACAAAGUAUUAUGUAUGGCUUUCAUGUUAACAACAUCCCUUGUUCCCUUUCCCUUUAGCUGAAGAGAAUUUUAGACGGAAGAAAAAUCUUUGUUUGACAGUCAUUAGAUGGUACCAAAUAUGAUGGUAACUGUCCUUUUGGGAAAAAUUGAUGAAGAUAGUUGAGAUGGGCUGGAGCUGUUGUUCCUGAUACUAUUGUUAAAGUUUGAUCCUAUUUCAUCCCAGAUGGUGUUUGGGAUUCAGCUGGAGCCAAGUAGAGGUUGUGAUUUCUUCUGGGUCUCUCUGUCUGUCCUGGUCUGGUCAGGACAUCUCUCAAGAUCAGGAUGAUGAAGGCCCAGGGGUCCCAGGAGAUAGUGGGGUGGCAGCCAUGAUGGUGAAACUUGCUCCGGUAGCAAUUUUUCUCCCCAAAGUCUUUUUCUUUUAAGGACCCCAAAAAGGAAUAGUGGGUGGAAUAGCACAUCCCCUCAUUAUUUUGUCCACCAAUUAGGCCUACUUCUGGCACACCAAUUUGGGUUCACUAAUUUCUGGUUCCACAUUUUUCUUGCUUACAAGCAGGAUCAAAACACAGUCCUUGAGUUAUAUCAGUAGGCCUUUUUGUAUGCACUAAUUCUGUCUUUCUCCCUUUCGUACCUUUUCCAAUCAGCAUUUGUUGCUAUUGUGAUAUCUUAUGAACUUACACUGACUUUUUACAAUGGAUUUCACAAUUCAGGUAAAUUUGUAGGCCCAGAUAUUGCAGCUGGGGGUGCAGAGUGGGUAAGAGAGGAGGAACAGCCCCAGAAUUAAGUUCUGAGCAAUUGUGGGUGCCUGUGUUUAAGGAAGGUGAAAACAUUAUUUACAUAUUUUUCAAAAGGGAAGAAUGAGAGUUAUGUAGGGUAGGAUUCUGCACUAAUUAUUAACUAGGUAUGUCAAUUAAACUUUUCCACUGUACUUUACUAUUGGAUUGUACAUUAUGUGUGUGUUCACUAUGGAAUCUAAAUCCAUUCUUGAUUCUCUGCUAUGCAUAAUAGAAUAUUCCUAAUCUAAUUUAAUAUACACACACAAUCACUUAUACACACCUAAUUCUAUAAACAUUGUAUCAUAUUUUGUACUGUGUGGAACUCAAUCACUGGAGAACAGAAAAUAUUGUAGGAGGGUUCAUAGUUGGUAGCUGGCAUUUUAAUUAAGUGAUGGAUUAUUAAUUUCAACAGUGGGAAACUAUAAUUUUAAUCUAAUUAAGUAAAUAUGAACAAUUAGCAUCAUAUGUGUUUUAAUGCUGAGGCCAAUAUGUUGUAUAUAUUUUUCAGUUGCUGGCUCUCAACAAUAAGAAAUUAUAUUGGCCAACAAUGUCGAUGUUUAGCUACUGUACAUUGUUUACAUAACAUAGUUAUGUGCAAGUUAGGUACAUAGUUAUGUACAAGUUUAUAUUACUAAUGAAUUUAAUUAGAUGUAAUCACAAGCAAAUAUGCACUCGUCUAAAUGAAUGUUCUUUCCAUCCAGUCCCAUAGAGCAUCUUCGAGAGACAUUUUCAGAGAGGGGAACAAUCUACUUAGGGCCGGAUUCCAACACCUUUAUUCUAGUUUAAUAUCACCUUACUGCAUGGGUUAUUCCACUGUCUUCUUUCCAUUGACUUCAAUGGGAAUACUCAUGGAGUAAGGUAUUAAUGAAUCUGAAUAAGAGUAUCAGAAACUUUUAAAAUGCAGUGGACCUUCUUAUGAUGAAGUCAUCAUUUUUUCACAGUGCAGCAUCACUCGAAGCAGAAAUUCUCUAGAUCCAAAACUUUGUCUGGUACAUUUCAGUGAAUUCAAACAAUUUUGGAUCUAAAUCCACUUCACUAUGGAGUCCCAUGCUAUCUGAGUUCACUGUAAAUGCCACUGUUUAGCAUAGUGGCAACAUUUGGAUCUGAAUCUGUAUUUUGGGUUGGUGUCCUGAUCUGGAGUUUUGUUCCGCACUGCUCUACCAUUUCCUGUUCAGAAAGUGGAUUUAUUUUUCCAGUAGAGCUAGUCAGAAGAACUUCAAUGGAACCAUUUUCCAUUGGAAAAAGAGGUUCCACUGAAAUCAAAAUGCUUCAUGAAAUUGUGUUUGAAAAAAAAAAAAGGGAAAAAAGUUUCCAAAAUGUUAAAAUAUCCCAUUUUGAUAUUUUCAGAACAAAGUGUUUCAUUUUUUCCUUUUGAAAUGGUGUUUGUUUCAAUUUUAUAUUUUGUAUUAUAUAUAUUAUAAUAUAAUAUCAAGUAAAAAGCCAAAACUGAAACAAAACAUUUCAUUCAGCACCAAUUCUUUUUUUUUCUGAAAUUUUCUUUUGCAAAGAAUUCUGAAAUGUUCAGGUUUGUUUCUUUAUCAGAACAAAAACAAAUUUUGAAAACUCAAAAUCCCGUUCAAAAUGGAAAUUCCAAUCUCCACACAGAUGGAAUCUCCAGCUUUCUUUUCUCAUAAUUUUGCUUGCUAUUAUUUUCAUCUGUGGGCUGGAUUCUGUUUCUGUGGCUGCUCUUUUGCACCCACAAAAUGAAUUGCAAGUGCAAAAAUUAUGGGGACAAACGGCUCUGUAAAAGAGAGGUCACUCUUCUAAAACUAUAUCCCUAAUUGUUGAAGGAAGUAGACUAUGGAGUUUUGCCACUUAUACCAAGGCUGAAUGUGUUUAGUUUAAACAAAUGUUGUCUUCUUUAUAGCCUGUUUCUCUCCCCCUGCUAUCCCUUGCAGUGAAGUUAGGGUACUGUAGGGAAAAAGUCUCCUCUCAAAGGCACGCAGUAGAACUAGACUCCAAGUUCUGCUCUCUUCACAGGAACAGAACUCCCAAGAGAAGAAUAUCGGGUGGGAUCUACUCUGGGCACCUGAGAGGAGAAUUUUGUCCUUGAAAACAGACUAUGGUUUGAUAAGCACUACAGUGAUGCUAUAGCAGGGAGAAAGAGGCACUAGGUGCUAAGUGAGAAACAUAAAUAUCUUUAAAUAUCAGAAAUGGGAAUUCAGAAAAUUAUUGACAAAGGGCCAUAUCAUACCAUUGAUUUUUAUGCACAACUCCCCAUUGUUUUUUCAGAACCCCAUUGAACAUUUCAGAGCCAUCGAUUUCAGCUCGGAGUUCUGCUUCAAAAUCAAUGACACAAUAAGGCCCAAAGAAAAUUGCUUUUUGGUAUCAAUAUUCUUUGUUCAAGUUUGCUGCAAUGUGGAAAUCAUGCUUUAAAAAAAUUUGUUACUUGUAUCCUUCUGUUUUUCUAGAUGGUCUUUCAAAUCUGCUUUUGUUUAGAGACAAAAGUGAUUGGAUUCAUUAUGCAAAUUAAAGGAACACUAUUUUGGGGGCCAAUACUCUUCUCAUUGGAGUGAAUGGAAAGACUCCCAUAUGAUUCAUUCAGGGUAGGAUCAAGCCCCUCUUCUUGUCCUAAAUCUCCAUUUUCAAAUCAGUUUGUUUGGAGAAACUCACAUUAAGAGCCUGAUCCAGAAGUAUCUGUGCUGGUAAACUCCCUUUGACAUCAGUUUUGCCUGUCAGGACUGCAGGAUUGAGAUCAAUGUCUUUUUCCUAUUGUGUCUCGCUCAUGGCCCAUGUAACCCUGUUCAGGGGGGUGAACCUGAAAAGAGUCAAAGGUCCUGUUUGACACCUCCGCGUUCACAAGCCAAUGUCAUUGAAGGUCCAGAUUCUGCCACUUUUACAGUGAGUAGUUAGCACCUAACUCCAUUACUACUCCCUGUGGCAGACUCUGAUUGUAUUUUAUGGAGAGAUCAAAGCCAAGUGGUGCAAACAAGCAAAUGAAUGGGGUUGAAAGGGGAAGAUGCAGGGCCAGGAGCACCCAAUAGGUGUCCUGACUCAGCACUUCUCCCAAGCAGACUGACAGGGAGACCCUACAUAAAUUAAAGCAACUCGUCCAGCUGCUUUCCUCCAGCCGAUCAGAUUCUUUGAGUGUCAAGUGGCAAAAAUUGCACACCAUCCCAGGUAUUGAGGAGGGUAAAUCAUGCCUACAUUUGUUAUCUUGUUGGCUACACUCUUCCUGCCUUUCUCUUGCAAUCUGAAUUCCUUCUUGACUAUAUCAAUCUAAAUGGAUUCCUGAUGGUGAAGGGUAAAUAUGCACUAAUACAAGUGAAUGUUUCAAUAGAUAGGCAUAGAUGUAUGACAUUGUAUGCACAUAUGUGUCAUUUCAAAACAUUUUUGUUUAAAAUAUUGAAUCAUGGUUACUGGUUCCAAGGAGAAGGCCAUGAACUGUUCAAAACCAAUACAGCCCUGUCUCAUGAGGGUAGAAUGCCUACCAUGGGACAGGUAGCAAAUGGA